GAGGCAUGUAGCUUAUAUCUAUGGCAUAAAGCGUAUAUUUCCAUAUAUUUUAUUUGGUUGGUGCGUAUUACGCGUUCCAUUUUGGUGUGUACGUUCCUUAGACACAUAUCACUUUCCACGUAGAUUACCCUCUUUUAUUUGCAAUUUCGGUGCAUUAAACAACUCAAUGUGUCCUCCUUCUGAUUUAGUUUCCAUGUCCACAACGGACUCCUUUGUGAGUGACAUUUCUGACGACGGCUCUACAUCUUCCAAAUCUUCCACUACCAAGACCAAGAAGACUGGCAUUUCGAAGGGUUCCACGAAGAAGCCAUUGCAGACUAAGCUUAGUGUCAAGUCAUCUACUGAGAAGCCGAAGCCUUGGGUAACUUUACCAAAGUUAGACCCUAAUGAAGACCGUGACGCAGCAUUUGCUGAGAUAGCUGCUGCAAGUGCAGCUUCUGGGCUUUAUAUAGGUGCUCACAUAUCCACUGCUGGUGGUUUGGACAACUCUGUGAUUAACGCUUACAACAUUUGUGGCCAGGCUUUUGCUUUAUUCCUCAAGAAUCAGCGUCGUUGGGACAGUCCUCCUCUUGCUGACGCUACUGUUAAGAAGUUUACGGCCAACAUUGAGAAAUAUAAAUAUGACAUCCGCUACGUGUUGCCUCAUGGUUCUUAUUUGAUAAACAUUGCCAACCCUGACUACGAGAAGCGUAUGAAGUCAUAUCACCACUUCGUUGAUGAUAUUCAACGUUGUGAGAAGCUGGGCAUCACAUUGUACAACUUUCAUCCAGGCUCUACUGUUGGCAUGUGUGAAAAACCUGAGGGUAUUCGCAACAUCGCGAACUGCAUUAACAUGGCUAUGAAGGAGACUAGCUCUGCAAAGAUUGUUUUGGAGAAUGCUGCUGGUCAGAAGAACGUUAUAGGUUCAACUUUUGAGGAUUUACGUGACAUUAUUAAUUUAGUUGAGAACAAGGAUAGGGUUGCUGUAUGCCUGGACACGUGUCAUCUGUUUGCUGCUGGAUACGACAUUCGAACUAAGGAUAAGUUUGAGGCAGUUAUGCGUUCUUUUGAUGAGAUAAUUGGUUUGAAAUACCUUGUUGCUGUACAUUUGAAUGACUGCAAGUCUGACCUUGGCAGUGGUUUGGAUCGUCAUGAGAACAUUGGUAUUGGGAAGCUGACUCGUGAAACGUUUGAGUUCAUUGCCAAUAGUGGAUAUUUCCGCAAUAUGCCAAUAAUUUUAGAGACUCCUGAUAUACACGGUGACGAAACUAUAUACAAGCAGGAAGUUAAGGUGAUGUACGGACUUGUUGAAGGGAACAAAGAUGGUUCCACUUCCUAAAUUGGCCAUGCGCCUCUAUUUGAAUAUGC